AUGUACCCGGCGGCCACGCCGCAGCUGGCACGCUGCGCCACCGCGCCGUACCGGUUCCCGGGCGGCCUCAGCUUGCCGGCGCACGGCAGUGUGUACAUCCCGGUGCUAGGUAUUCAUCACGACCCAGCGCUGUAUCCGGAACCCGACCUGUUCGACCCGAAUCGGUUUGCCGAGUCGGAACGGUGGGGACGGCCGGCUGCCGCCUGGUUGCCGUUCGGCCUUGGGCCACGUGGCUGUCCAGGCACUCGGCUAGCACUGCUAGAGCUGAAGCUUGCGCUGGUGGAGCUCCUGAACAGCUGCCAGCUGGAGCUCUGCCUCCGUUCCGGCUCCGCGCGACCCCACUUCGUACCUGGAGCAGGCGUAAUGAGGGAGCAGGGCGGCACCUGGCUGGGUGUCAGGGCAGGGCCGUGA